AUGGAUGUUGGCUUUGAGGACGUAGCCCUGCGGGAGGCACAAAGAGAAUACUUGGAUUUUCUGGAUGAUGACCAAGAUCAGGGUGUUUAUCACGAGAAGGUCAGAAGUAUGGUGUCUGAAGGACAACAUCGCCUCAUCGUUAACAUCAACGACCUUCGGAGGAGGAAUGAGAAACGAGCCAAAGAGCUGCUAAAGAAUGCUUUCGGUGAACUACUCGCUUUCCAGGGAGCCCUGAAAGACUUGGUAGCAUCCAUUGACGCGACUUACGCCAAACAGUUUGAUGAGUUCCACGUUGGGUUUGAGGGGAGCUUUGGGACGAAGCACGUGACUCCACGCACGCUCAGCGCACGUUUCCUGGGCAACCUCGUGUGUGUGGAGGGCAUAGUCACCAAGUGUUCUCUGGUGAGACCAAAAAUUCUCCGCAGUGUCCACUACUGUCCGGCCACCAAGAAAACCCUGGAGAGGAAGUACACUGACCUCACCUCACUGGACGCUUUUCCAUCCAGUUCCAUCUACCCUACCAAGGAUGAAGAGAAUAAUCCUUUGGAAACCGAAUUCGGGCUCUGUUCAUAUAAAGACCACCAGACUCUGACCAUUCAGGAAAUGCCUGAGAAAGCUCCCGCCGGACAGCUGCCGCGUUCCGUCGACAUUAUCGCCGACGACGACCUCGUUGACCGGGUCAAACCCGGCGAUCGCGUGCAGCUGGUGGGCGUAUACCGAUGCCUGCCUGCCAAACAGGGUGGUUUCACCUCAGGAACCUUCAGAACGAUUCUGCUAGCCAGUAACGUGAAGCUAAUGAGUAAGGAGAUUGUUCCGAACUUCUCCGCUGAUGACAUCGCCAAGAUCAAGAAAUUCUCUAAAACUCACUCUAAAGAUGUGUUUGAGCACCUCAGUCGUUCCCUGGCCCCGAGUAUUCACGGUCACGAGUAUAUAAAAAAGGCCAUACUGUGUCUGCUCCUGGGUGGAAACGAGACAAACCUGGAGAACGGAACACGCAUCCGAGGAGACAUCAACAUAUUGCUCAUAGGGGAUCCAUCCGUGGCAAAGUCUCAGCUGCUCCGGUAUGUUCUGUUUACGGCGCCGAGAGCCAUCCCCACCACUGGCCGCGGGUCGUCUGGAGUGGGACUGACUGCUGCCGUCACCACAGAUCAAGACACUGGAGAGCGGCGUCUGGAGGCGGGGGCGAUGGUGUUGGCUGACAGGGGGGUGGUGUGUAUCGACGAGUUCGACAAGAUGUCUGACAUGGAUCGCACGGCCAUCCACGAGGUGAUGGAACAAGGCAGAGUGACUAUCGCUAAAGCCGGGAUUCAGGCGCGGCUAAACGCUCGCUGCAGUGUGCUAGCUGCUGCCAACCCUGUCUAUGGGAGGUAUGACCAGUAUAAAAGCCCAAUGGAAAACAUCGGACUUCAGGACUCUCUCCUCUCCCGAUUUGAUCUGCUCUUCAUUGUUCUGGAUCAGAUGGAUCCCGACAGCGAUCGCGAGAUCUCGGAGCACGUGUUGCGCAUGCACCGAUAUCGUGCCCCAGGAGAGCAGGAGGGAGCAGCGAUGCCUUUGGGGAGCACUGUGGACCUGUUUGCCACAGAGGAUCCAAACAUCACAGAGGCAUCAGAGCAGGAGCUCCAGAUCUAUGAGAAAAAAGACAACGUUCUGCACGGGCACAGGAAGAGAAAAGAUAAGGUCGUUACCAUGGAGUUCAUCAGGAAGUACAUUCACGUGGCCAAGCUGGUGAGGCCUGUCCUGACUCAGGAGGCUGCCGACUACAUCGCCGAGGAAUACUCCAGACUCCGGAGUCACGACCAAGUCAACAGUGACUCAGCAAGGACAAUGCCUGUGACGGCCCGAGCUCUGGAGACGAUGAUCCGAUUGGCCACGGCCCACGCCAAAGCCCGUAUGAGUAAAACCAUCGACCUCGGUGACGCGGAAACCGCCCUGCAGCUCAUGCAGUUUGCCUACUUUAAAAAGGUUCUGGAGAAAGAGAAGAAGAGAAAGGCUCCUGACGGCACUGGGGAGGCAGAGAUGGAACUUUCUCAGAGCCAGGAGGCGUUGAGUCAGCAGAGUGUGAGGAAGCGCUCUCGCAUGUCAAAAGAUGACACUGAUGAAAUGGAGCCAGGAGAUGAAUCAGAUCCUUAUGAAUUCUCAGAGAAAGAAAACACCCAGCCCAGUCAGAGGAGCAGACCAGCAUCUCAGAGGAUCAGCCAGAGGAGGAAGGAGGAGAUCAGCCAAGACAGGUUGAAAACGUUCAAAGCCGCUUUACUGAAGGCAUUUAAGGCAACCAGGUCGCAGUCGGUCGCUGUCCCUGACCUACUGAACCUCAUAAACAAAGGUCAGGCAGAGGAGUUUGACCCUCAGGAGGUCACAGUUCUGCUGGAACGCAUGCAGGACGACAACCAGGUCAUGGUCUCCGAAGACGUAGUCUUCCUCAUCUGA